AGCAAAUUGACGGGAGCCACUCGAGAGGAGCCAAAGCCGGCAUCUCGACGCCCGUGAUACGCUGCAGUUGGUCUCGUCGAUGGAGUAUGGGCAAGAUGUCACCAUUCAAAGUCCUUCUCUUGGUCUGCUCUCCACUCUUUUCACUUUCAUGUCCGUUUUGACACUUUCACACUUUGCCGAGUGCGGAGACCGCAGAACGCGAUGCCAUCACAAGGCACGCAGGCAGGCACGCUCGCACACCACCACCAUCACCACCACAUCCAUCAUUCUUUCCCUCCUUUCAGCCAGUGGGACGGUGAGUGCUGUCAUCAGGCAUUUAGCUUCGCAAGGAGGAGGAUGGUAUCAAAAAGUCGUUGGACCGGAAUACAUGGUCCCCUACCCCGGCCCUGAAGCCAUUCCCCUCUCAGAUAGGUAUCGCGACAUCCAUCUCAGCCCAAGGGGACUUUGUGGCGAGCAAGCGCCGUUCCGAGUCAAGCCAUGGCAGGUCUGAAUCUGGACAUGAUGCUGGCUGACUACGUAUCCGGUAUGGCGUAGAUGGCACCUAGGGUCGGAGAAUCGAGUUUUGAUGUAUUUGGUUCCCCUUCCUUUGCUUUGGCAGAGAAAGACCCUGCAUAUCUCAUCUCUAUUC